UGCGGAGAGAGGAGUACGAACAAAGCGAGACCACGCCAGGCCUGGGCGGCGGCGCACCAGGGCGAGCGCCCUCCCCGAAGCAGCUCCCAGUCCAGCCCCCCCGAGCGAGAGAACGGGGCAUUGCACUGGCUGCACAGCCUCGGGGCGCCCAGCUCGGUCCUGCCAGUCUAGAUCUGCGAGCCCGGUAGAGAGGUCGAGGCUGGGAACCCGGGAGCGCGGAGCUGACCGCGGUGCUGAGCAAGGCCGAGACUUGCCACAUUCCUGCUUCCCAGCGCUGUUGGUGAUUGGCAGCAUGGAGUUGAAAAGAGGAAAAACCUUCAUUAAAUCCAGCCUGCACAUUUCCCAUGAAAAACCCCUGGACUCCACAGCCAUUGCUCCAACAAGGGAGGAAGCUGGCCCCCAAUCAGUCUCACCAGGACAGCCGCCAUGGCCCCAAGGUGAGAGGUGCUCCCAGCUCAGCCCCCAAACACAAGGAUAUAACAGAAACAUCAACAAGGGUGUGCAGGUAGACCCUGAAGUGGGGGCUACUUUCAAACUGGUGCGGAAGAGCAAGACUCAUGAAAAUGUGUCUGGGGCUUCAGGGCAACUUGUGGGCAGUGCCAGCUUCCCAGAGCCUUCAGGCAAUCAACGAAUGAUCGACUACCGUCACUUUGUGCCCCAGGUGCCCUUUGUGCCAGCUGUGGCCAAGAGCAUCCCAAGGAAGAGAAUUUCCCUGAAAGGACCCAAGAAGUGCUUCCGGAACUUAUUCCACAUCCGCAGAAACAAGACCGAGAACUUGACUUCCUUCGAAACGAAGGGGAAGAGGUUGUUCUCCAAGGGCUCAUCAGAAAGUGGAGGGCGGCAGGGCAAGGCUCUUUGCACCUUGGGUGAGGGGCUGGGGCUAGAUAGUCAGUCUCAGGACCUAUCUGACUUUGAGCCCCUACCCGAGACCUCCCUUGACCUCUGCAGAGUGUUGUGUGAAGAUGUGGCCUCACUCAAGAGCUUUGACUCCCUUACAGGCUGUGGAGAAAUCUUUGCAGAUGAGAACUCAGCACCAUUCCUGGAGUUGAAUGAGGAUCUUGGGAGUCCAGAUCCAACACCAGAGUGCAAAGCACCCCAGGGCCCCUUCCAGGGUGGUGUGGAGCAGCUGGCUUCACCUGCUCAAAAUGAGGCGUCUGACUUUGCUAAAUUCUGGGACAGUGUAAAUCACUCAGUGAAACAACACCAACGUGCCCUGGUGGGCUCAUGGCUGGGAGGCCCCCCAAAGUCUGAAACAGAUCGUUCUAAGCUGGACAUAGCUGGACUUGCUGAGCUCCCCCUGUGUCCCUGCAGGGACCCACCCAAUACCUCCAAAGCCAGUUCCAUAGACACUGGCACCCCCAAGAGUGAGCAGCCAGAGUCUGUGUCCACGAGUGAUGAAGGCUACUAUGAUUCCUUCUCCCCAGGUCUUGAGGAGGAAAAGAAGGAGAUCCUGAGCCCAGGCACACCCUCAGCUGCUUUCCCCCGGGACAGCUAUAGUGGAGACGCCCUCUAUGAGCUCUUUUAUGACCCCAGUCAGGGCCCUGCUGACCCCAGUCUGGACAAUGACCUCUGUGUGUCUGAGAGUCUGUCAGGGCCCCUCCAUGGAACACCGCUGUCCAUGUGCAGUUUCCACAUGGGAGCUGAAGAAAACUUGGCACCAGCGCCAGGCCCAGACUUGCUCAGUCAAGGCUUCCUGCAGAGCUCCUGGAAGGGGAAGGAUUGUCUGCUGAAGCUCUGUGACACUGAGCUUGCCAUCACCAUGGGCAUCAUUAAUUGGCUGCGUCGUGGCCCUGAGGUCCACUCUCCAUCUGCCCCUACUCCUGGGAAACCUGCAGCUGCAUAUGGAGGAGCAGCAGAAAAGCCAGGGAUUGGCUCUGAGCAGACAAGCCAGCAAUCAGGGAAACUGGAGGGCACAGGAGCCCGGGCCUCUGGUGCAGGUAGGAAUACUACAGGUUCAGCUGCUGGCAGGCAGGGACCGUGGACACAUUCUCGUCCCCAAAACCUAUUUUUGGGGGAGAAGGAGGCCCAAGGAAAAGUCAAGAAAGAAACCAGAUCUCCCACAAGGGAUCCCUCUUCUGAUCAUAUGCAGGUAUCCUGUGAAGAAGGGACUCGAGGCUGCCCUAAUGGCUCAUUCUUGUCUGUGGAUUCUGCAUCUUUGGAGAAAACAGACACUCUGAGCAAAAAUAAAGUCCCAAAGCCCUCUGUUUGGCCAAACACGUUGGGGUGUUUUCAAGAUCCCUGGGGGCCAGGUCUUGGAGGAAGCACUCUGGAUACAGAAACUACCUUGACAGGCUGUGUGGCCCAGGUUGCUGCCCUAAAAAUCCACGAAACCUGCCAGAUCCCAGCUACGCAGCCACUGAUGCAUGCCACAGGCAGGGGGUGCUUUGGGAAGACUCAGGCCAGAUGCCCUGACAUUCUGGAACAGAAACAACCUAAUGGCUUCCCUAGUGUGGCUGCCCUCCAUGGCCUGCCUUCCCUGAUCAGCCCACUCCACAGCCCAGAGAACCAGAGUUGCCCAGGUUAUAUCCUGAACUUGAGCCACCUCAGAGUAGAACCCACUAGACUAGAUGCAAAGAUUCAUUCUUCAGUGGAGGACCCUUCCCUGUGGCUCAGCCUGAGAGCUAUUGAGCCAGCAGUGCACAGGGGACAUCUGGACUCUUAGUCCUUGCUGUCCAGCUGAGCAUCUGGCGUCACCUAGAGGAAAGCUGGGUCUUGCCCCAGACAACCAGCAGAAGGUUGUUGCAAGUAUCCCAGAAAGUACACUGCAGUUUUCUCAUUCGUGCAGGCCUUCUCUGCAGCCAUCUAGAAUGAGGGGGCCCAGACAGACCACAACUAAACUUCAUAGAUAGCUGGGGCUCACACUUAACAGGAUCUACUUCUUUGUGACCUCAUGAAAAAUAAGCUAAAACCCAAAAGUCCUAUCCUAUGUCCCUGAAGUGAGGGCUGUACUAAGGAGAAGGAAGGCCACAAAGCUCAGGCAAACAGAGCAUCAUCCAGGCAUGAAUCCACAAGCUUUGCCACUUUUUAUAGGUAACACAAGACCAAGAACAGCUAUUGUUGUUGUUAGUGCCCACUCCUGCCCAAGGGAAUAAGGAGUCUGAUGCCAGAGGUUGACUUUGAAGGGGCUAUGCCUGGCUACUCCUAACACAACAUGACAGGAGCUUGAAUUGAACUGACAGAAAGAAAAUAGUAUGUAUUCUAACUGGAAGUAAAUUCUAAAUUGAAAGUAUUCUAAACUGGGAAGUAAAUUGAUCCAGUAGGCCUGCACAGGGGGUGGAAUAAAAAAUGUGUGAACCAGGAAUCAGAAAUAGGACGCAGGAGAAGAAAGCAAGGAAAGGAAAGAAGGCAAGAAAAAGGCAAGAUGGAGGCUGAGGAUGAGCUCAAAAGCAUCUCUCAGGAUGCUUUACCAUAAAAACAAGAGCAGACAUACCCUCAUCUCAGCAUGAAUCUCAAUUUGAGAUGUCAGACACUACCAUACAGCCAGGGCUGUUCAGAAGCUAACUACCAUAGUCGAUGGGUGUUACCGAAUUCCUUGAUUACAAACCAUCCCAUGUAAGUAACAAUUUCCUUGAGCCAUGGAUGAAAAAUUUCUUUUCGGGAAGAAGCUUAUUGGUUCUCUCCAAUUCCUCCACUCUUUUUCCUCCACACACUCAACACCUUACUUCCUCUCUUAGGAAAAACUCAAUCCUGAGUAGGGCAUCAAAAAUUAUAGAGGACCUAGUCCUUAGAAAGGGCAGGUGUCUGUUCUAACUGGCUCAGUAUAGCCAGUGUCCUGCAAGAUGCUCUCUGUUUUGGUUCAGCCUCAGCCAGGCUGAGACAGUGGAGUGGAAAAGGAUUAAGUUGCCACAGGAAGGGAAGAAUGGAGGUAUUCCAGACAAAAGGGAUCUGUUCCAAAUGGAGGGAUGCCAACAAUAUGAGAAAUAUCCCUCUGGAUGUUCUGAGAAUUUGUUUUAGGCUAAAAUAAAGUUCCAUAACCCCAUUAAAUGCUAACAGGAAGCUACCAUGUUCAGAAUUCAGGUAGCACAGUUUAGGCUCAAAAGUCCAUGGCAAGGCUCCUGACCAGGAUAUUCAAACCUGAGCUGCUGAUGUGACUGGCCUUCCUUGGAAGUCUCAUGAAACUCAUCUUCCCUGGACUGCCACAAAGGAUCAUGGAGAAGCAUCAUCAAGCCUUGUUUUGAGCAGGUCAUUAUUGAAGGACUCACUUCACCAAUCUAAAAUGCAGUUGUUAUGUUCAUUUCUCAGACAUGGGGACUUCAGCGCUGUGUGCUCUGUGGCCUUCCCUGGACACACACAGCAAUGUGUGAGGUUGAUGGGGUUGGCCUACAGCCCAGCUCCAAGGCUUCCAGGUACCUGGAACUUAUUUGGAUGAGGUCAAGCUGGGUUCACUUCUCCUGGAGCCUCCCCCACUUGCAGAAACACCAUGUGUCAUCGGUAUGUCACUGUCACAUUGUGUCCAGUGAGUUGGAUGAGCCCAGGGGUGUGGCCCCAAUUGAGUCAAAAUGUUGUCACUCUGUAUUGUGCCUGAACAGAGUUAAUGCUGAGUAAAUAUUUGUGGAAAGAAA